CAUAUGCUACUUUAUUAACACACAUUUGUCACAUUAGGCUGGGGUGUCCAAACUUGUUUAAUGUAAGAGCCACAUAGAAUAAACAUCAGAUGUUUGAGAGCCUUAAGACGUGAAUAUCAGAUGUUUGAGAGCAGGCAAACAGGAAGGAAGGAAGAUGGGGGAGGGAGGUGGAAAGAAAGCACCUUUAAUUUUAAAUGCAUUCUCAAUCCACCAGCUGGCUUGGUUUGGAGAAAUGAUUUAAAUAGACAAAUGCCUUCUCCAAGCCAGCCAAGGGGGUGGUGGGGGCUUUGAGAGCCACAUAAUAUGUGUAAAAGAGUCACAUCUGGCUCCUGAGCCACAGCUUGGCCACCCCUGGUCAAAAUCAUAACAGGACAAAAUUGUAUCCCAUCAUAAACUUUCUGGGAUUACAGUCCAUUUCUUCAGCUGCUAUGUGGAUCCUCGCUGUGGAGUCAUUUUAUGCAGGGCAGAUGUAAAACAUCUACUUGGGUGGAAAACUAGGAAUGGUUGCCAAGCAAAAUGGCCUGGUGUGUCACCAUUGGCAUGUGUGCCAGGGGUUACCUAAAAAAGACCCCACAGCAUUUUAUGUAUAGGUAUGAAAUUCUGUGCAGAAAAUCAAUGAAUACAGCGCUAAAAAAGUUCUUGGCCUUCUCAUUUCCUAUAAAAAUUAUAAAGACUCCACUAAGUAAGAACUAGGCUUGCUCCUAGGUACACAAAAGAGCACUCCAGCGGCACCUUAAAUACUAACAACGGUUAUUCCAAUAUGAACUUUCCUGAGAGAGAGCUAAUCUCUACAGACAGGAUCCUUCAUCUGUAUAGUUCUAGCCUGUUUUUGUUUUAAUACAGCAGGGCCAGCAAGUCCCCUUCAGCUCAUUCCAUUGCAGCAAAAGCCAAGGAGUUAGUAAGUAAGUAAGUAAAUUUUUAUUUAUACCCCGCCCUCCCCGCCGAGGCAGGCUCAGGGCGGCUUACCGAGCAUGAUACAGUACCAGGGUAUGACAAUAACAGAUAAAAUCAAUCAAUGAUAAUAAAUACAAAAUAUAAAUUAAUUUUAAAAAUAAGCUAAAAACAGCACAGUGGUGCUGUAUUCUGAUGUUUGCAAACAUCAGAAUACACAACACUAACAUCAGUUCCUGCGCUCAGUUCAAGAUGCAGAUUCUUCACUUUAGAAGGACCGAACAGCCUGAACCCAUGUCACGAAGGGUGUUUUAAACUGCAGGCAUUUUUAAAUACUUCAUGAAGGUUUACCAUUGUGCUGCACAGCCAUAAGGAAACAAGCGCCAGGAAGGGUGACGGCGUUCGCCUUUUCAACACCUCCGAGCCGGGCACACGCUGUAUGCAAAUCGUUCUGUCUGAGAGAGGCUGCUAUUGGUCGAGAGAGCAGCCAACGGGGAGCGGCGGCCGCCGCUUGAGGCGACUGAGGGGAAAUGAUGGCGCCUCGCGCGUUCGGCUGGAGGCCCGCGGCAGCGUCUUUGCUCUUGCCGCUGUUUUCCCUCAGCGCGGCCCGUUCGGCGGCCUUCCCUGACUCUCCUCCGCGCUACUCGGCCGACUGGGCCAGCCUGGACGCGCGGCCUCUGCCCGGCUGGUUCGACGCGGCCAAGGUGGGCAUCUUCGUCCACUGGGGCGUCUUCGCCGUGCCGGCCUGGGGCUCCGAGUGGUUCUGGUGGCGCUGGCAGGGCGAGCACCGGCCCGACUACGAGCUCUUCGUCCGCUCGCGCUUCCCGCCCGGCACCACCUACGCCGACUUCGCCCCCCGCUUCAGCGCCAGCGAGUUCCGCCCCCACGACUGGGCCAAACUUUUCCAGCAGGCCGGAGCCAGGUAUGUGGUGCUGACUUCAAAGCAUCAUGAAGGCUUCACAAACUGGGGGUCCUCUGUGUCCUGGAACUGGAACUCUGUAGAUACAGGACCGCAUCGAGACUUGGUGGGAGAACUGGGGACAGCCCUCAGAGAUAGGAAUAUACACUAUGGGCUCUACCAUUCCUUGUAUGAGUGGUUUAAUCCACUCUACUUAGCAGACAAAAAAGCUGGUUUCAAGACCCAGUAUUUUGUCUUAGAGAAAACACUACCAGAGCUUUAUGACCUCGUUACAAGAUACAAGCCUGAUAUCAUUUGGUCCGAUGGAGAAUGGGAGGCUCCGGACACAUACUGGAACUCUACCUCCUUCCUUGCCUGGCUUUACAAUGAUAGCCCAGUAAAGGAUACUGUGGUGGUGAACGAUCGCUGGGGCAUCAACUGCUCCUGCCAUCAUGGAGGGUUCUACAACUGUCAAGAUAAAUACAAGCCUGGCACUCUGCCGACCCACAAGUGGGAAAUGUGCAGCUCUAUUGACAGAAAAUCAUGGGGAUAUCGGAGCGACAUGCAAGUUAAUGAACUCAUGGAUACCCCCAGCAUAAUUCAGGAGCUUGUGAACACUGUCAGCUAUGGAGGAAAUUACCUUCUCAACAUUGGCCCCACCAAAGAAGGAGUGAUUGCUCCAGUCUUCCAAGAGAGGCUGUUGGCACUUGGGAAGUGGCUGGACAUUAAUGGGGAGGCUAUUUAUGAAUCAAAGCCCUGGAGAGUCCAGAAGGAGAAUGGUACCGCCAUGAUACGGUACACUUCAAAAGGAGCUACAGUUUAUGCUAUCUUUUUUACUUGGCCAGAAGAGAGUAUAUUGAUUCUUCCAUCGCCAGACACAACAGCAAGCAUGCACGUGACCAUGUUGGGAUUCGCUGAGUCUUUGAAGUGGCAUGUGGUUCCAGAUGAAGGAUUGCACGUCACACUGCCAUCUACAAUCCCUUCCAUUCUCCCACUGCAGUAUGCCUGGACUCUCAAAUUAGUUGGAGUGGAAUAAAGGAACCUUCUUUUCUCUAUGAAACACAAAAGCCACUGUGAUUAGUGGCACGAACAGAUUUAGAGCGAUCUGCAGUUAAAUAAAAUUAAACUUUUGCCAAAUUAGUAAUACUCAAAUACUGCUUUUUAAUAGCAGUGCACUAAAGAAUAGGAUUACUGUUGCUGUGGUGUAAAUGUGCUAUGCUGGAGUUGUGUGGAAUGGGGACCAUCCACAGUGCCUUCUCAGGGAAAUAACACUCAAGUUAUUAGAAAAGAAUAAGAGUCCAAUAGCACCUUAAAGACUAACAAAAUCUGUGGCAGGGUCUGAGCUCUCAUGGGCCAGUGCACACUUCUUCAGAUACAGCUAGAAUGUAUUGGAAAGUGGAGAGAUUUCAGAAGCCAAAUGGCAAUAGAAGGCGUGAUUGUAUCAGAUGUGGCAUGCAGAUGUGAAGAAAUCAGCAUUGAUUUCAUUGAAAUCAGUAGAUGUGAAGAAAUCAGCAUUGGUAACGAGACAGGAAACCUACGUCUUGAUUCAGUCCAGGUGGAUGUAUUGUCGUGAGCUUCGUUAUCAGUUGCAAUUCAGCAGUCUCUCUAACCUCCCUUUGAAAUUCCUUUGUAAGAUAACUGUUGCUACUCAAGUUAUUGUGAAGGAUGAAAUAAAAUUUUAAACAGCAGCUGGGCAGAAUUGCAGAGGAACUCACAUCUCCAUUGCAAUUUUUUUCCAGCAGCCAACUGGGGAAAAAAAAAUCAGCUUAGACAUUUGAGCCACAAUCUAGCUAAAAUGACAGAUUUCUUGUUUUCAAUUUAGAAGAUUAACAUGAUUGCAUUAAUGCUUCAAGGUGCUGAAGUCAAACCUUCAAACAGGCCAGGUUUGAUGAUGGAAGGGCACACAGAGUCACGGAUAGUGAGCCAUUACUCCAUAUUUCCCUCAGGGGGAACAAACUUUAUUCAUUGAAAGCAAUAAGUGUAUGAUGCAAACAUCUUGGUUCCAAGAUUCUGGAAGUGUGUUAAAGUUGACUUUCGGGACAAGGUGAAUUAGCAACCAGAAUGAUUCUUGGAAUGAGAAUCUAGGAGUAGGUUUACAACAACUAAUAAGUAGAAAGUUACAUAACAUUGAAUAAUUUUGUUCAGGCCCUACAUAGGGCUGGUUCGCUGUGCUAUUUAUCUUGUUUAUGCUUUUGUGCACCUGAACAAGGAAGGAAGGGAAGCUCCCCUCAGAAGUUCUGGGUAGCUCAUGUUGUUGUAUUAUGGUUCUGGCUCUUAUUUAAGAGAGGGACUUCAGCCUCCGCUUUGAAUACAUUUAGAAGCCUGACUGUGCCGAAAGUAAGAUUUCAGUAUUCUUGACCUCAUGCCGUGGAGAAAUACUUUUGUGCUCUCAGAGCAGAAGCUAUCCCAAGUAAAAAGGGAUAUGUGGUUGCUUGGUCAAAACACUUGUAGCUGAGGGAUCCCACUUCCUUCUUAAACUGGGCCAGCCCAAUGAUUCUUACCUAGUAUGUGGCUCUAUUUUGUCUGGUGCAAAUACAGUAAUGGCUCUCACUGGAUUUUGAACUGUCAGAGGUAUUGGCCUCAAACACGGAUGUUGCAAAGGGUAUGGAGCGGUCCUUUGCUUAAUGUGGUGCAAUAUCUUUCCUUCCUAGCCAGGGACAAGGGAACAGGAGCCAUGCCACUAACCUGGCUCAGUCCAGAGAUGGCUGUGCAACUAAAGGGUUGUGCUUUAGUCGCUCAGCAGCUAGAACAGCUGGACUACUUGAAUAGUUUAGUGCAGAGUCAGAAGGAAAGCAGUGCUGAGACUGGAUCAUUGCAUGGUUUCUAAGAGCUGCCUCAAAGGAACACUUAGCUCUGCACAUAAGAAUGUAAGAUACAUUGAGGUGUGGAGAGAGGGGACAUUCAUACACACGUGCCUUUGUGUGUGUGUGUAUAUAUACUAGGGCUUUUUUUCCUGGGGGAAUGUGGUGGAACAGAGUUCUGGAAUCUCUUUGUGGAAACAAAAUUCUCCAAAAAAAAAAAAAGUUUAAAGGUUCACGAGAGGCAUUCAUGUGUUUCUCCAUUACCUUCUUGAGAGUUCAGACACCUCUUUCCAGAAAAAAAGCCCUGGCAUACGCAUUUUACAAUGUUUGAACUGUUGUAUUUGAGAAUGCCCAUUUGAUUGGGCCAUUCAUGAUGUAUUAAUCAUGGGGCUUUUUCUGUUUUUUCAUGUGACUUCAAAUGUAAUUUGUUAAAAUAAAAAAUGAUUAAACUGAGGUAAA